AAUAAUGCUUCAGACAUUUGUCAAACGAUUGUCAAAAUGUGUACAAUAAACAAUUCGGUUUUUUAGAACGUAGGUAAAUUUUAUUGAUCUAAAUUAAUCAACUAGGUAUGACUGCAAAUAUUCACACUAAAUUCAGCUUGAAGCACACUUUGAAAGGAUCAGUGCGGUAUUUGACAUCAAAACAACUGGUAUUCUCUGAAUUUGGAAAACCUUCAAAGGUUCUAAAACUUCAGGAAUGUAAGCUUCCUGACUUGGGUCCGAAAGAUGUACUGGUACGAAUGUUAGCCGCUCCAGUUAACCCGGCCGAUAUCAACACUAUUCAAGGCAAAUAUCCAGUUAAACUGAAACUACCUUGCGUACCUGGCAAUGAAGGUGUGGGAAUUGUGGAAAAGAUUGGAAGCGAAGUAAAAAAGUUUAGUCUAGGAAAUAAAGUUAUACUUACGAUGCCUGCUCAAGGCACUUGGAGGAACCUAGCCGUAUUCAGUUCCUUUGCACUAACACUAGUUCCAGAUGCGUUAGGAGUCCCAGAAGCUGCAACACUAGCUGUGAAUCCUUGCACUAGCUUCAGGUUGCUAAAUGAUUUCAUACCAGUGCGUGGAGAAAAGGUGGUCGUCAUUCAAAAUGGAGCAAAUAGUUCAUGUGGCCAAAAUAUUAUACAAUUAUGCAGGGCAUGGGGUGUUCCAACUAUCAACAUUGUUCGAAACCGACCUGAAAUAAACGAUUUGAAAAAGUAUUUAUUGUCAUUGGGAGCUACUUAUGUUCUAACAGAAGAAGAAAUAACGACAACUCCUGUAUUUAAAAAUAAAGAAAUUGAAAGACCUUCCCUAGGUUUGAAUUGCGUGGGAGGAAAGAGUUCGUCGCAAAUAGCAAAACAUUUAAAACAUUCUGGUUGUAUGGUUACCUAUGGAGGAAUGUCGAGAAAUCCAGUCACGAUCCCAACUGCAGCAUUUAUUUUCAAAAAUUUAAGAUUUCAGGGCUUUUGGAUGACUGCUUGGAAUAAAAAAGCUAGUAACUCAAUAGCAAGAGACGAAAUGCUAUCGGAAAUCAUUAUAUUAAUGUUAAAAAAUAAGCUCAAAGCUCCUACACAUCAGAUGAUUAAAUUCGAUAAUUAUUUAGAAGCCAUUAGUAAUACUCUUACUUUAAAAGGUUUUCGAAAACAUAAAUAUAUUUUAGACUUUCGCUAAAAAAUAAUAAUAAAU